AAAAAGUUUAAAUUCAAAAUGAAAUUAUAAUAUCGUUCCCUCGCAAAGCUCAGCGGAUGUGUUUCAUAGCGCAGUCAAGAUGGCGUUCCACCAAGUGAAAUUACUUGUUAGAAAAAGUAUGUGAAAAAAAAUGCCGCGGAAAGCUUGAGAACGACGCGUGCGAGUUUAAGUCUUGAGUGAAGUUUCGGUGACACAAUAAAUCCUCGUGGUUUCGCCAUGCAUUUUAGAUGAAAAGAAUUCAAAUGUCAGAAUAGAAACGAUGCAUGUAUUAACCCAAGUGACAAGGUUUGUUCGCUGAUCUUCGGACAUUGCGGAGAACCGUGAUCGUCGAGCGGCGAACAACGACGCUAUGGCGUCCAUCGGACGUGUGUAUGUGUGUGUCAUUAUUUUUAAUCCGCAAUUAACGGCUAAUUAAGCAGUCGUAACUGUGGAUCACAAGUAGAAUUCAAUGCGUGUGAAAUUCGCGUUACCGGUUGUUAAACGCGACUUCUUAGUGUUAGUCGUCGAACCGGAUCGGUUUAUGCAAAAACAAACAUUCUGGGUUGCUUUCAUUUCCCCUGUUUGACAGCUCCUAAUCUAAAUUACUUGGAACAGUAUGAAUAUUUUAUUUCGAUUUCUUUGAUUACAUUGUCACAAACUAAAUUGUGCUUCUGCUAUAAUUCUCUCAUUAAAGAGUAUGGCACAAAUCGUUACUGUUAGAAUUUAUUCGUGAGCUCGAGAAUGUGAUUAAACUGAUUUUUCAACAAGUGUGCUUAAUUGAAAGUGACAAGACAUUCCAUGAUUUCAUAUAAAAUUUUAGUUAAAUACAUUGUGACUUAAUGAACUUUUCACAUCAUGUCAAAUAGUUUGGACAGUUUUUUAACACGUAUUGGGGAUGUCACUAUAGAACGUGUGACUCCUCGCUCAGGCCCUAAGCCUAAUGAAACAGUAAUGUCAACUGAAACUGCAACAAAUACAAAUAUGAAUAAUAUAGAGUCUCAAACAGGAAAUGAUGAAAGUUCAGAGGAAUCUAGUAGUGAAACAUCUGAUGGAGAACAUGAUAAGAAAAAUGAUACGUUACAGUCAGAGGAAAUAGAAGAAAUACGUUCAGAAGGAUCAGGAGACGAUAUGGAUUUAGAUGAAACAAUUGAUUCACAAAUUGGUGUACGAGCAGAAUCAGAACGGCAUCAUUCUCAAGUUGAAGAGGAUGAUGAAGAGCCAGUUAAUAUAUUAGAUACUUUACCAUUAGAAGGAGCCCCAAUUGAGGGUCAAGAAGUAUCUGAAGCAGAUUUACUUGGAAAAUCAAUUUCAAAGGAUACAGAUGAUGAAGGAAGCAUAGGACAUGAAAAUGACAAACAUGAAGGUCAUUCUAUGGAAGAAGAAAGUACAGAAAGUAACAAGAGGCAUGCUGAUUCAGAACAUUCUGAUACAGUUAAAAAGAAGCAGAAAAAAGAUGAUGGAACUGAAGGAUCUACAUCAGAAUGUGAAACAAAAACAGAAAAGAAAUUAGCAAAUAUGAGAAGAAAUAUUCGAGAAGUUAUGGAUGAAACUCAACUUGAUGAAGCUACUUUAUCAGCUCAAAGACAAGAAAUGGAGCGUCUUCGCAGAGUACAAGAACAGCAAAGAAUAAUUCGUGAAGUUCAACGGCAAAUAGCAAUAAAUAGACAAAAUAAUAAAACACAAACAAGAGUAAUUAGUCUAUUACAAGGUAAACAGAAUCAAGCAGGUACUACUAUUUCGCAAUCAUCUCCAUCUGCUCCAGUUCGUUUACCAAAUACAGUGCUUCUUAAAGUAAAUUCUGGAUCUGGAACUGGAUCUCAAACUACUUCUAGUAUGCAAACAAAUCAAAUACAAAGAAGAUCAAUAGAAGGAUCUCGAUGGCAAAAAGGUAGAGGUGUUUAUCAAGGAGCACAAACAUCAAUUUCACGAGUUGCAAAUCGUCCUAGUGGCCCUAAUAUGUUACAACAAAGAAUUCGAAUGAUGACUCCUUCUGUAAGCAUAUCUCCUGUAGUUCCUAAAAAGGAACCUAUGGAUAGAUCUGAAUAUUAUUCAGAUUCUGAAAUCUCGGAUAUAGAAGCUGAAGAAGCUUUACGUGAAAAACAAAUACAUACUGUUAAAAAAGUAUCAGCUGGACCAAAGUCUCAAAAAACAGCUAAAGGCAAAGAUGUGGUUACAAUAUCUAGUUCUAGCGAAAGUUCAGAUGAUGAUUGCAUAGUUUUAAGUGAUCCAAGUGGUGGAGAAGAUACAGACAACGAAGAUGAUCCAUCCAAUUCUGGUAUGCAUACUAAUGAUAGAUAUAACAUUCCAGAUGAACAUGGUAGAGUGUUAAUAAAUGUGGGUCAUCCUGAAACAGAGCCUGAUGUAUUUUUAGCUCCACAGGUAGCUCGUAUUAUUAAACCUCAUCAAAUUGGUGGUAUUCGUUUUCUUUAUGAUAAUAUUGUUGAAAGUAUUGAAAGAUUUAAAACUAGCUCUGGUUUUGGUUGUAUUCUUGCUCACAGUAUGGGUUUGGGAAAAACACUUCAAGUUGCUAGCUUCUGCGAUAUUUUUUUCCGAUGUACUACUUCUAAAACAGUCUUAUGUAUUAUGCCGAUUAAUACAUUGCAAAAUUGGUUAACAGAAUUUAAUAUGUGGUUGCCAUACGAAGAUCCUAAUGUUUCAGAAAAACAUAGCAAAAGUUCAUGUAUCAAAUCAGAAUCUAUUAUGGAGCUUAAACAAGAAGUUAAAGAUGAAAGUGGGAAUCAGAGUGAUAUAUCAAACAUGUCAAGUAUGUCAAAUAUAUCAAGGCCUAUUAGUACAGAAUCAGCUCAUCGUUUUGGACAAGAAAGUACAUCUCAAUCUAUAAAUAUUAUGCCAGAAAAUCCAUAUAUUCAUCAAGGAUAUGAAACGCAUAACAUGUUACCUAGUUAUGUACAAGAUAAUAUGUUAAAUAAAAAUAUAUCAGAUUCGCAAGUUCAUAUAAAUGAAAAUUAUCAUAAUGAUAUUUCACAAAAUACAAUAUAUAAUGCAAAUGCUAAUCCAAUGUCUACAUUUGAUUCAAUGAAAUCAGAAGUAAAUUGUCAUGGCAUGCAACAAAGAUCAAACAUGCCAGAUACAAAAUUUGGAGUGGAAAAUCAAAAUUCUAAUAACAUAUAUUCUGGUUUAGAAAAUCGAUCACAAACUUCCAUAUAUUCAGGUAUGGAAGUUCGAAAUCCUAAUACUUUAUAUCAUGGAGUAGAAAGUCAUCAUUCUGUAUCUAUGUAUCCUAAUUAUGAUAAUUCUACUAAUUCUUUUUCUAAUUAUUCAAAUCGAUCAACUCAAGAGUCAGAUCAAGAUCCAAGAAAAGAUUGUUUUAAAAAUACUUUAUCUUCUAUAAAUUCAGAAGUUAAUGUAAAGAAAGAACCAGAAGAAACAGUUAAAAAAGAGGAAAGUACUUGUACAACAAAAGAGGAAACAAUAAGCGAAGAGAAAAAAGAAAUUGAAAAAAUUAAAACUCCAUUUAUUGUAGAUGCUCCUAUUGGUAUGGAAGUAAGACCACGACAUUUUCGUUUGCAUAUCUUAAAUGAUUCUCAUAAAACCAUGGCGGCAAGAGCUAAAAUAAUUCAAGAUUGGCAAAUAGGGGGUGGAGUUUUAUUAAUUGGAUAUGAAUUAUAUAGACAAUUAUCUUUAAAAAAGCCAAACAAAGCAAAAAGAAAACGUGGACAACCUUUCAAAGAUACUGUUGAUGUUGAAGAAGAAGAUAAAAAUAAAGGAUUAUUAGAUGAAAUGCAUACAGCUUUAGUUAAUCCAGGUCCUGAUUUAGUUAUAUGUGAUGAAGGCCAUAGAAUAAAAAAUUCCCAUGCUAGUAUUAGUAUGGCUCUGAAACAAAUGCGCACAAAACGUAGAAUAGUAUUAACUGGAUAUCCAUUACAAAAUAAUCUUUUAGAAUAUUGGUGUAUGGUUGACUUUGUAAGACCUAAUUAUUUGGGAACUAAAAGUGAAUUUUGUAAUAUGUUUGAAAGACCAAUUCAGAAUGGUCAAUGUAUUGAUUCAACACCACAAGAUAUACGUUUAAUGAGAUAUCGUGCACACGUAUUACAUGCUUUAUUAGAAGGUUUUGUACAAAGAAGAUCUCAUUCUGUAUUACAAGUUUCUUUACCACGAAAAGAAGAAUAUAUUCUUCUUGUUCGAAUGACAUCACAUCAGCGUAAAUUAUAUGAUACCUUUAUGAAUCAAGUAGUAAAGACGCGUGCAGUACCUAAUCCGCUGAAGGCUUUUGCAGUAUGUUGUAAAAUUUGGAAUCAUCCUGAUAUUUUAUAUCAUUUUCUGCGUAAACGACAAGCAAAUGAAGAAGAUGAUUUAGAUUUAGAAGAAACAAUUGGUGAAAAAUCUACACCUGGAGGUAAACGUUCAAAAGCUCGGCAAUCAAAAGGAGAAACCAAAAAAGGAAAGAAAACAAAUACAACUAUAAAAAACAAACCAGCAGCUAGUGUACAACCUAAUGCUUCAUCAUCUAAUACUGAAAAUGUAGAGAAUGAUAAUUCACAUACUACUCCAAAACAGAAUAAUUAUUCCAAUUAUCCUCCUAUGCCAAUGAAUAAUUCAGGAUAUUCAAAUUCUAUAUCACAAAAUUCUUAUCCUCAUGGUUAUCAAAAUUAUAGAUCAAAUGACCAAAAUACAUAUUAUAGAAAUGACAAUAGCCAUGGAGAAUAUAAUGAAUUUUAUAAUAAUCAAGGAUCACAAAGAUAUGGAAAUCAAUCAUUUCAAACAUAUACACAAACUCCAGGAUAUAAUACAUCACAAAAUUACUCUAAUCAAUCACAAAAUUAUAUACCAAACAAUGAACAAUCUACAAAUAAUCAUUCUCAACGAUAUCCAACUGCUCCUUCCAAUUCAGAAUUUCGUUCAGAUCAGAAUCAAGGAAAUAAUUAUGAAGUAUCUGGAAUGUAUUCACGUCAAUCUUAUCCUUAUCAAGAUCAUGGACGUAAUUAUGGAUCAAAUUUAAAUCCAGGAUCUAAUAAUUAUUCUCAAGUUCCAAAUCAAUCUUCUUUUCAAUCACAAAUGCCAAAUCAAUCUGCAAAUAUGCCAUUACCAGAUUAUUCUCCAUAUGCAUCAAAUCAAGCUCAAAAUUACAAUUCUGGAACAAGUCAAACGAAUACUAUAUAUUCAAGAAAUGAAAGUCAAUCAUUACAAAAUCCUACAUUAGGAUAUAAUACAAAUCAACAAGGACAAAAUUCAACACCUCAAACGCCAAAUGUUGCAUAUCUUCCAAGUCAACAAGGACAAAAUACGACAACUGCUCAAAAUCGUGGCUUUUCUCCAAAUCAACAAAAUCAGAAUCUUCCUUUACAAAGUUCUUCUCAUACUUAUGGUGGUUCACAAUCACAAAAUAUACCAUUAUCUAAUCAAGCCCACAAUUAUCCUACUCAAGUAAAUUCAAAUCCUUCAUCACAAACAUCACUUACUUUUAAUCAACAAUCUCCAACUCCUAUGCCACAAAGUCAAUCUCAUCCAUAUAUGACAAAUUCAUCAAAUCAAGCAUCAAUUUCACAAAAUCAAAUGCGUGGAUAUCCUACAUCAACUCAGAAUCAAAUAAAUGUGCCACAAAAUUCAUCUUCAUAUCCUACUAGCCAAUCAGCUUCAAAUGCUCCCACUCAAACACAUGGAUAUUCUCAAGAUCAGCAAGGAUCAGUUGCUAAUACACAAAAUACUAUGCAUGGAUAUUCACAUCUUGUAUCUUCAUCUACAUCACAAAAUCAACCUUAUCCGCCUAAUAUACAAAAUCAAACAGGAAGCUCAUCAAAUACAAAUCAUGCUUAUGGUUCAAAUCAUCAAGGUUCAGCAUCAAUACCACCAGCUUCAACUCAUAGAUACAAUACUUCUCAACAAGGACAAAUUUCACAAUCUCAAAAUCAAUCUCUUUCAUAUUCUCAAAAUCAGCAAGCAUCAACUUCUUUAAAUCAAAAUGAUCAAUUAUAUUCCAGAUCAGAUAAUCAACAACAAACUCAAAAUUAUACAUCAACAGCUAAUACAUCUCAUGAAUUUUCAACAGAUCGUCAAAGUGGAGGUUCAUCUACAAAUCCUACAAAUAAUUAUUCAGUAAAUCAAACAUCAUCUCAAAAUACUGUUUUAUCAAAUUAUUCAUCAGAUAGUGCUCAUCAAAAUCAAGUAAAUCAAAUGAAAGGUUCAGAAGACUCUUAUUGGCAAAGAAAUUAUUCUCAACCAUUUCAAUCUGAUCAGUGUAAUGAUCCAUAUUAUCGGGAUGUAAAUCCUAAUGUGAAUCGAUAUCAAAAUAAUUAUUUUCCAUCACAAAAUUAUCAAAAUCAAUCUUACGAUUAUAGUAAUAAUCAUAAUUCAGAUACUAAUACACGUACAGAAGAUGCAAAAUGUCAACAAUCUUCUACUCAUAUCCAAAAUUCAGGAUCUUCUGAAAAAAACAAAAAUAAUAAAGAAAUGACAUCAAGUGUUGGUGUGCAAAGUCAACCAAUUCAUCAAAAUAAUCUAUCUACAAAUUCAGGCUAUAAUUCUGAAUCAAAUUGUCAAACUUCAGUUUCUAGAUCUGUGCAAAGUCUUAAUACGUUGCAUAGUCCUCGAUUAAAUCAAAAUGAUUUAAUAAAAGAAGAGGAAAAAGAUAAAGAAGACUUAUUAGAUAAAGAUAAAGAAGACAAGUCUGAUGAUGAAGUUCUUACAAAAGAUGAAGAAAAAGAUAGUAAAAGUUCUCCAGGAGGAAAAGAAGAUCCUGGAAUUCCAUAUGAUUGGGCAACAGAAUUGAUGAAGGGUUAUGUACCAGGAUUGAUUGAUGCUUCUGCGAAAAUGACAAUUUUCUUUUGUAUUUUGGAAGAAGCAAUUAAACUCGGUGAUCGUGUUUUAGCAUUUUCUCAGUCACUAUUUACAUUGAAUCUCAUUGAAGAUUUUUUAGCUAGAAAUAGUUUAAAGUAUCCUGAUGGGCAAACAGAUGCUUGGAUUAAAAAUGUAAAUUAUUAUCGUUUGGAUGGUAGUACUAGCGCUUUAGAAAGAGAAAAACUCAUUAAUGAAUUUAAUAAUAAUCCAAAAAUUCAUCUGUUUCUUGUUUCAACACGUGCUGGUUCACUCGGCAUUAAUCUUGUUGGCGCUAAUCGUGCUAUUGUAUUUGAUGCUUCUUGGAAUCCUUGUCAUGAUACACAAGCUGUUUGUAGAGUGUAUAGAUAUGGACAACAGAAACCUUGUUUUGUUUAUCGUUUAGUUACUGACAAUUGUUUAGAAAGAAAAAUAUAUGAUAGACAAAUUAGUAAGCAAGGAAUGGCUGAUCGUGUGGUCGAUCAAUGCAAUCCAGAUGCCCAUCUUUCUUUGAAAGAAGCAACUACAUUAUCUUGGGAUUGGGAAGAAGAUAGUCAAGUACAAGAUUUUUCUCAAACAAAAGAUAGUUAUUCUGAUGAAGUUAUGCAUCGUGUAUUAGAACGUCAUUCUUCAUUAUUAACAAAACAACCUUUUCAUCAUGAAAGUCUUUUGGUCGAUAGAAAAGAUAAAAAACUCAGUCAAGCUGAAAAACGAUUAGCUCGUCGUGGCUAUGAACUUGAAAAAAUGGCAGCCAAUUGUUCUAGACCCAGUUAUAAUUAUGUUCCUGGAAAUACUGCUACACGGGGUGGAUUACAAAUUCGAGCAAUUCGAGGUGGUGAUAAUAGUACUACUUCUAAACCAGUUGCUUCGGUUAGACCAAUGCAGCAACGUGGUGCUGAAGGUUUGGGAUCGCGUAGUGUGACAGGAAGUCGUUGGAUACCAGCAGAAGUAUGGCAAAGACAAGGAAUGAGUGCACAAGAAAUGACGUUACCGUUAGAUGUUGUUAUUCCUACGAAUUCGCCUGAUAAAGGUAGUAUUGUGUUGAAAGCUGGUCAACGAGUAAUGGUGCUAAAAAGUCCAAAAGGCAUUUAUAUGCAAUUAGAAUCUGGUAAAAUUAUUGCUAUUCGAACGGCUCUUAAAUUGAAUCAACAAAAACGAGAGGAAGAACCUAAAAAAGGCGUAUCAUCAAUGACGCAAAGAAAUUCAAAACCAGAAGUUGGAUUUCCAUUGAGAAAUAAUUCAGCCAUAUCCAUAAUACCAAAAUCAUCUUCAAGUAAUCAAACAAGUGGGCGUUCAAUUAAUAAACCAGGAAAUGGACCUAAUUAUAGGCCAUUUGCUGACAAGGAAACUUCAAAAAGACCAAAACCUGUUGCUACAGCAACUGCUAAACCUUAUAUGAGUCAUGUUAAUUUAACUAAUCAAGUUUCUCUAUCAAGAUUACCAAAAGUAAAACAGGAACCAGUAGAUCAUUCGACACUCGGAGAAAAUUCAAAUUCUUCGGAUGGUCAAGUUAGAACUGAACAAAGAGUAGAAGAAGUCAGAUUGGAGGAUGUGGUUGCGGAAGUAAGUUCGAAUACAGAUUAUAGUCCUCCUAAUCAUAAUCGUGUAACCAAUUCAGAUACUGAUACUGUUCUACAAAAAUCAUCUGAGGAAAAUAGUCAAGUAUAUACUUCGGAUUCUGUAACUGCACAAGGUGUUCAAACGCAACAUGAUCAAGAAACAGAAUUAACAUCAAAAAUAGAUAAACAAUGUUCUCCUCCAAUUGAAAAAGAAAUCAUGAAAACAACUGAUACAUUAACAAAUUAUGGACAUACUUUUCAAAAUCAACAAGAAAAAAGAGACACAUCUAAUGAUGAAAUUAUAAUUGAAGAUCCAUCGCCGGUAUCCUCUCAAAUUCAAUCGCAAAUACCAUCACAAAUACCGCCACAAGUAUCUCCACAAGUACAAGUAUCACAGUCAAUAUCAUCUCAGAUACCAUCUCAAGUACAAUCACAAAUAUUAUCUCAGAUACCACCGCAGUUACCAUCACAGAUAUCAUCACAGAUAUCUUCUCAGUUAUCAUCACAAGGACCACAAAUACCACCUCAAGCAUCACCACAAGUUGUAACACAAUCAACACCCUCUGGUCCAUUACAACCGUUGUUAACGCAACAAUCUACACCAUCAACUAUGCAAAUACCACCAACAUCUACAUUACGAGGUGCAGAAGUUCCUAAAGAUAUAACAGAUUCAACUAUUGGCUCCUCUACUACAUCUAUAUGUACUGGAACAAAUACUAUGACAUCUCCGAAAACAACAGAGCCAAGUAUGCGUGAAACUUCUAUACAAAGCGAACCUCCUAAUGUUCCACAAGGUUACCCUUAUGCUCAAUAUCCACGAUAUUAUGAUUAUAGUGAUCCUCGAUCACGAUCAUUAUCUACUCCUUAUGGUACAUAUUUCCCUGGUGUUCCACCUCAUACAGCAAAUCCUAGAUUACCAAUGGAUUCCACAAAAACUCAACCAGACUUAGGAAAAUCUAUAGAAGAAAGGACAAUGAUGAAUGUGCCUCCUGCAUAUUCACAAGUACCUAAUACUACUGCCAAAACAUUAGCAAAUACCACAGAAACGAAAGGUGCAGAAGCAAUGGUAACUACAACAGUAGCUACUACUCCUAGUAGAGAUGAAACGCAUAUACCCACUGCGUUUAGUCAUCCUACGAGUAGUCGUUAUCCUGGACCUUAUCCACCAGGACCGUAUGAUCCAUAUUCACAACAUUAUCCUCCAACACCCGGUUCGUCAGCAACUUAUCCACCAGGUGUAGGUGCUCCUGGAUACCCAGCAUAUGGUGGACCAAGUUACAACACGGAAUAUGCUCGUAUGUAUACAGCGUUUCAUGGUCCUCCUCCACCAGCAGAUCCUUAUAUACAUAGAGGUUAUGCACCCCCUUCUUCGCAUCCACCUAAUUAUUAUCCUCCAUUCCCACAUCCACCACCUCCUUAUCCCAAUUAUUCCUUUUUAUCACCAUAUCCAAAUCCCAAUAUGCCUAGCGAGCCACAACCACCUGCUCAGUAGGAAAUUUAAGUGGUAUUACGAAAAAAUGAUUAGUUUAAUAAUUUCAUAAAAUGUCGCAUAUUGCGAAAGUUCAAAGGCUGUCGCGAUUCAGAAGCUUAAUAGACUGAAGCUGUAAAACGCAUUGAUGUAAAUAUUUAGUCACAAGUAUUGUAUUAAGAUAAUAAAUUUGCGCAGGUACUUUUUUUUUUAAAGUACCAUUUAUGUCACUAUGGAAGGAGAUUAGAUAAUCUCAAUUAACUUUGAACUGUGCAAUUUGUUGAAAUGUUCAGAAUAUUUAGCCUUGACUGUCAUGCCGUUUUACGAUGCGUUUAUUCGAGUAAAUAACAUGUUAGUGGUUACGAGUAUAAAUAAUUUCUCGAUUUAAUAUUCCAUAGUUUCAUGGAAGUAUUUAUAUUUUUUAUAGCGUAUGAAUAUUUUGAUUUUACGAAUUUUAAGUAAGAACUCUUAAAGUACAAUUAUAGCAUUUGGAAAUAUUUUUGACUAGCAUUUCUUAUUUAUUUUUAUUAUUUUUAAUGACAUAAAGAUUAAUGAACACAAAUGAUACUAGGAAUAUUGAAUGAGAAAUAAUUUUGUACAUUUUAAACGAAUAAUAUAAAGAAGAAAGGAAUGCUGUAUACUAUCAUUUAGCUUUGUGUAUAAAUGCUAUAUUAAUCUCAUUUUUAUAUUUUGCAAUGAAAAAAAGGGAAAAUAACUAAUCACAUUUUGAUUAAUCAUAAUACUCAGAAACAUAUGAAUUAUAAGAAAGGAACAAAAAUAUAUGCAUAAAAUUUUAUACAUCAGCAUUCCAUCUUCGGUUUUAUA